AUAUAUUGUUUAUAUUCCAUAAAGGGUUGAAAAGCAAUGUAUAAUGCUUAAGAGAACAUAAGACUUUUUGCCGUUCUUUCUAAAUUCAUUUGAUCAAACUGAUCUCGGUUUUAAUGAUUAAUAACACCUCCAACAAAGACCUUCAUCUGAAAAACCAAACAACGAUCAUAAUUAUGACCCUCUUCUACUUGUUCCUGAUCUUUCACCAACUCACUGGUUCUAUGGCCGCUGACUCACCCUCCUCUCCUUACAAGCCUCAAGACAACAUAGCCGUCGACUGUGGCUCCUCAGGAAUCAACAACCAGCCCAACGAUGACCGGCUUUGGGAAGGAGAUAUCAAUUCGAAGAUUUUUCCAUCACAAAACCAAAAUACCGCAUCAGUCACAUACACAGCCUCCGUGCCACCCACAGAAGUAAGUCCAACUCCUUACCAGACGGCACGGCUUUCUCGCUCCCAAUUCACCUACUCCUUUCCUGUCACUCCCGGCCAGAAGUUUAUCAGGUUGCACUUCUACCCUGCUAUAUACGGAGACUUCAACACCACCAACGCAUUUUUCUCCGUCAAAACAGCUAACUAUACUCUCCUAAGCAACUUCAGCGCUUUCCUCACUACUCGUGCUUUGGACAGACAGAGUAUAAUGAAAGAAUACUGCGUGAAUGUCGAACAAGGCGAAGUUCUCAACAUAACUUUUUCUCCUGUACUUUCUUCGAAUUCAGACUCAUUUGCUUUUAUCAAUGGAAUUGAAGUCGUUUCCAUGCCGACCAAUCUUUAUUAUUACCCGGCGGAUCAAAACAGAGGCGCAAUAUUUGUGGGACAGUCGAGCUUGUAUCGCAUCGGAAACGAGACCGCGAUGGAGAUGGAAUACCGUAUAAACGUGGGUGGAGCUCUUAUCUCUCCAUCUGGCGACACCGGCAUGUACCGGAGGUGGGAUCUGGAGGACGAUUACUUAACUAUACCUGGAUAUAGUGUUUUGCCAGUUGAGUACAAGAAUAGCCUCAACUUCACGAUGAUUCCACCUUACACUGCACCAGCGAGCGUCUAUGAGACUGGUCGGUCAACUGGGAAUAUUAAGGACAAAGCUAAACUCCAGAGCUACAAUCUCACUUGGGAAUUCCCUGUAGAUUCUGAGUUUAAUUAUUUUGUUAGAUUGCACUUCUGCGAGAUUGUUAAAGAGAUGAACAGGUCCCGCAAUCGGGUAUUUUAUAUUUAUAUUGCAAAUCAAACGGCGGAGAAUGGAGCAGAUAUAAUCAUGUGGAGUGGUUCUCAAUAUACUCCCAUUUACAGAGACUACGUCGUUGGAAUGUUUGGGAAAGGAAAUGGAAAGAAAGUGAACCUCUCGAUCGCUCUGCAUGUAAACCCUGAAGAGUGGAGAACUGCUUACCUGGAUGCUUUGUUGAAUGGGAUCGAGAUGUUCAAAAUGAAUGACUCUGAUGGCAAUCUUGCUGGUCCCAAUCCUAACCCUCGGAUUGUUUCACCUACUGCUGGACCACCCAGUAAACAAGGAUCGAAGGGGAAGAAUAAUCAAACUGCAAUUAUAGGCAUCGUCUGUGGCGUACUCGCCGGCGUGCUUGCACUUUCCGUUGUCGGGUUCUUGAUUUCCCGGCGACAACGAAAUGUCAAACAGCCAAGCUCUGUUGACGGCACUACUUGGUGGGGACCCACUUCGCAUUCUACGACCAAGUCUGGUGACACCCGUGCCUCAUUGCUGCCCUCGGAUUUGUGCCGGUAUUUUUCAUUGGCUGAGAUCAAAGCCGCCACCAACAACUUCGAUGACGUGUUCAUUAUUGGGCGUGGAGGAUUUGGUAAUGUGUACAAAGGGUACAUCGACAAUGGGACCACUGCCGUGGCGAUCAAACGGCUGAACCCGGAGUCAUCACAGGGGGCCCACGAGUUCAAGACCGAGAUCGAGAUGCUUUCUCAACUCCGUCACCUCCAUCUCGUCUCUUUGAUUGGAUACUGCCACGAUGACCGUGAGAUGGUCCUCGUGUACGAACACAUGGCACGUGGCACUCUACGGGAACACCUCUACAACAGCGACAAUCCACCUCUUUCUUGGAAAAAGCGGCUCGAGAUUUGCAUUGAAGCGGCCCGUGGAUUGCAUUAUCUUCAUACAGGUGCAAAGCAUACAAUCAUUCACCGCGAUGUAAAGACAACGAAUAUACUGUUGGAUGAGAAAUGGGAAGCGAAGGUUUCGGAUUUUGGGUUGUCAAAAGAGGGCCCUGCCAACAUGGCCAAUGCCCACGUAAGCACAGUCGUCAAAGGCAGCUUGGGGUAUUUGGACCCAGAAUACUAUCGACGUCAGCAGUUGACCGAGAAGUCCGACGUGUACUCCUUCGGUGUAGUGCUGUGCGAGGUAUUGUGUGCAAGGCCACCUAUAGUAAGAUCGGUGGAGAAGAGGCAAAUCAGCCUUGCGGAGUGGGCUCGGAAUUGCUAUCUCAAUGGAACGUUUCAUGAGAUAGUGGAUAAACAUCUGAGAGGUAAGAUUGCAGCAGAGUGUUUGAAUAAGUUCGGUGAGGUCGCGGUGAGUUGUUUGGUUGAUAAUGGAAGCGAACGGCCAUCGAUGAACGAUGUGGUGUGGGGCCUAGAAUUUGCAUUGCAGCUGCAAGAGAGCGCGGAGGAGAAUUCAAGUGAAAUGAAGGGUGGGGAUGAAGUUGCGUUCUUAAGUUACAGUGAAGAUGAUGGUAAAUUCAGUUGUAGCUGGGACGACUCGGAACAGAAGAGUGCAGGAACAAAACCAAGUAGUAGUGAUCAGAGCAGUGACACCAACCAAUCUAUUAAAGGAAUGUCUGGGACUGUGUUUUCUGAGAUCAACAAUCCCAAAGCAAGAUGAGCACGUAUGUAUCAAACAAGCUGAUUAAAAGGUAGUGUUUGCAUUUUAAGGUGUAAUAUUCGGUAAGCAUAUUGCUAAGCAAAAAUAAUAAAAUUUCAACUUAAUUACAUGUCCA